AUGGGGUCGUGUCGUGAUCGAACGGCAAGUCCAGCAGAGGCUGCGAUGGGGUCGUGUCGUGAGCGAACGGCAAGUCCAGCACAGGAUGAGAUGGGGUCGUAUCGUUAUCGUGGUCUAGCUGGAUACAGUCCCAAUUGGUAUCGCAUCGUCACUGAUGGAGGAGAAGGCGGCAGAGAAGGUGGCAUGGACUUGUCUAACCGCAGUAUGCCUGCCCCUUGUCGUAACACUGGAGAUCGGUCUAACCGCCGAGGCUCUGUGCCUUCGACUUGCCUGCCAGCUCUCAGUGCUGACGAUGAUUACCUGGGCAUGAGUGAUAUGGGACAGACUCCCACACCUUUUGAGGAAGAAGAAGCAGAAGAAAAAAGACCUGUUAUUGUUAGACCCGGUGAAAUGAAAGCUGGAAAUGACCCUGAGGCGGCUUUUCGGCGGUCUACCCGAGUACGACGACAAAAUGUACGUCUAUCGGAUUAUGAACUGAAUAUUUCUGCAGCCCUAGUCAUUCAAGCAGUGAAUGAACUGCUUGAGCCCAUGUCAGUUACCGAAGCUUUGAGUGCCCCUGAUGCAAAGCAAUGGAUAAAAGCUCUUGAGACUGAGUAUGGCGAAUUGAUGCGUAAUCACGUAUGGGAGCUAGUGGAUCGGCCUUCGGGGGUAAAGAUUCUAAAGAAUAAGUGGAUAUUUGUGCGCAAACGAAAUGCGCAAGGCGACGUGUGCCGGUAUCGCACGCGAGUUACGAUUAAGGGAUGCCAGCAAGAGUUUGGUGUCAACUUUUGGGAGACCUACGCUCCAGUAGCGAAGGCUGAGUCCGUGAAAUUUGUUUUGCUUCUCGCUCUGUUCUUGGGCCUGCCUUGUCGCCAAAUUGAUUUUGUGACAGCAUUUUUGAAUGGGCCUCUCGAUGAUGUAGAUAUCUAUAUGGAACAGCCCGAUUACUUUAAUGAUGGUUCUGGUCGCGUUUGCCAGCUGUUACAAAGUCUAUAUGGAUUACGUCAAGCACCUCGUAUCUGGUACAAAAUGCUGGAUGAGUAUUUAAGGAAGUGCGGGUUUCGACGUACGAAAAUGGAUGCAGGUGUAUAUGUGCGAACAGUGGGAGAGAACAAAGUCUACAUUACCGUAUAUGUGGAUGAUCUCUUAAUUGUGGGAACGGAAUCCGACAUUGAGAUGGUUUUAGUACAGCUGCGAAGCAAGUUUAAAAUUAAGGACUUGGGUCCUGUAAAGCAUUUGCUUGGAAUGGAGAUAUCAUACAUGCUAGGGUGUCGGAUGUCGAUUACCCAACACGGCUACAUGGAGAAGAUUUUAACACGGUUUAAAAUGACAAAGUGUAAGCCUGUUCCUACACCACAAGUGCAAGGCAACUUUCCGAUGCCAGGAAACCCGGAUGUGGAACCAGUGUGUGUAGACCCAGAUCCAGAUAUGGAUUAUCGCCAAAUUGUGGGAUCGUUACAAUAUUUAGUCCAAUGCACGCGUCCAGAUAUUGCCAACGCAGUGCGAACGUUGGGCAAAUUUCUGAAUUGCUAUACGAGAGAGCACUAUGUCUUGGUAAAAAGAGUGCUCCGUUAUUUGAGAGGAUCAUCUGACUACGGACUACUUUGGACGUUGUCUAACAAGACAAGAGUACCGAAGGAUGUGUAUGUAAACGCAUCAAGACCUACAAUCGACGUGCAGAUUGUGGCAUAUGCUGAUGCUGAUUUGGGAAAUGAAAGAGAUGAUCGACGCUCUGUGACUGGAUAUGUACUACAAAUGGAGGGUUGUACUUACGUAUAUACAAGCCAUAAACAAAGAUUGAUUACAGAUGAUACAUGCUGUUCCGAAUUUGUGGCUGCGGCUGAAUGCAGCACUAUGAUAAUGUGGACGCACAAUAUGUGUAAAGAGCUUGGAGUGAGGCGCAAAAGAACUAUUCUAUAUGAAGAUAAUCAAGCGGCUAUAAAAGUGAUCGAAGCAAACACAGGGGACUACAAGUGA